AUGGCGCAUGCACACCAAGAAGACAAACCUACUUUUCUUGCAGAAACACGACCUGACGAUGGUUCACUGUUGAACCUUAAUUCGGUUCGCGACACGUCACCAUCUCAAGGCCAUCAAUACACUCGAAAAGCUCGGCACCAUUCGUCCCUUAACGCUCUUGGUGAGAGCAUUCUAGACCUUCUCGUGGCAAUAGCCUGCGCCUACUUCAUCGUCUUCGCAGCUUUAGUCUACUCCAGGCGCGAUGAACCUCUUGAUCGGUCUGGGAACCAGGAAUUGCUCGAUGCUGCCAAAUAUAACCCAACCAUCUUUCCAAUCCUGUUUGCUGGUGUUAUUGGGAAGUUUCUGAAGGCGGUCGCAGCCAUCAAGCUGGAAAAUGGUGCUUCCGUGCUGUCGCUGGAAUACCUUCUUCAGAGCCGCACGGUCUUGAGCACGGUCACGGCGCCACUCAUCCUGAAGACCGUCAAUUUGCUGACGCCCCUUCUCUUCGUACUUUGGGCGCUGUCGCCCUUGGGUGGCCAGGCCGGGCUCCGAGCAAUAUCAACCAAGGAUGCCUUCACAAACACCACCAAUAACUUCACGUAUCUGGCUUUCGUUUCACCUUUCACCAAUGGAGGCGUCAAUUCGGCAUCAGCGGAGCCACUUAUCCCAAUCAACGCUCUCUUCACUUCUGCGCUCAUAGGGUCGGCCAAAGCCAAGUCUCUCGCUCAGGAUCCCUACGGCAACGUCAAAGUGCCCAUUUACGAAAGCCUACCUCCGGGGUCGUCGGAUAGCUCGCUAGACUGGAGGUCGGUCCCUGACAGUGGUGACUAUCAGUGGAGUUCCCUUACCGGGCUUCCGAUCCACGGCCUUCCCUCAGCUGGUGUGUCAACCUUCAAUCUGGAAACCGGCUACAUGGUCACGACGUGCAAUGCGACCGGUCAUGAAUGGUCCGAUGCAUACAGGCAAAGCCUCAUGAAUCAAUCGUUAUGGAGUGGUGCGAAUUACGCCUUUACCCUUGGCACCGGCAGUCCUUUUUCACUAUACACCUUCAGCUUCCUGUCUCUAGAUCUCUUUGACGGUGGUUCAACCGGUCCGACAGGAAAGAUCCUUACCAUGGCAAAUUGCACAGUCACGAUGCGCUACGUGGAAGUCCAAAUAAAAUGUAACGGCCAGACUUGCGAGAGCAUCGCUGUCCGGCCGUCGACCAAUCCUGCCAAUCACACCGAAGGGCCUGGGGUGACCAGCCUCAACGAGGCCCAAUACACGCCGAUCAAUGGCCUUGGUCAACAGGACACAUUUUAUAUGUCAUUCCUCGCCGAUUUGACCAAUGCGACAAAUCCCACCGUCGGGUGUGACACUACCCUCUGUCCUCCGAGUGUGCUCGAAGCAUACCUUGCUGAUCCGGCAAACACGGUGUUGCAGACUUCGACCACCAAGCUCUGGGCGCUGCCAGACGAGCUGAUCUCCCAACGAUUCACGCAAUUGUUCAACACCUACUGGAUCAAUAGCAUUGCGCCUGCGCCAGUUUCGGGCAAUUUCAGCUUGCAAUUCAGUGACUUUGGGACCACGAACCAGUACAAUACGGAUAGUAUGCUGGGGACAAUCACAACCACCCAGCGAGUCAUCAGGUGCGAUUAUAAAUGGCUCGCAAUCCUGUUGAUCUGUUCCCUGGUGUUGUUCUUGACCGGCCUCGCAACAGUGGUUCUAACUGCCUUGCGACGUGGGCCCGAUGUGCUGGACAGGUUCAGUCCCUUGUUGAGGUAUAGUCGGUUCGCAAAUAUCCCCCACAAAUCGUCAAUGGAGGACGCCACGGAGCAGUCGAGGCGGCUGCGGAAUAUGACGGUCCGCCUGGGUGACAUCCGUCCCGAAGAUGAGGUCGGGUAUAUUGCCAUUGGAGUCCUUGAUGGAACUCACCCGGUCCAGAAGUUGAGUACGAGAAGGACAUACGCAUGA